AUGACAGAUGAAUAUCAAGCACUUCAAUCCACUGUUAGUGUCAGUAAUGCUUUUCUGCAUGGCUAUCUCAAAGAAGAUGUGUAUAUGGUUCAACCUCCUGGUUUUGUGGAUCAGUCUAAGCCUCACCAUGUUUGUAAACUCAAACGGUCUCUCUAUGGACUCAAACAAGCUCCCCGAGCUUGGUAUGAAGCCUUCUACAGUGCACUGGUUUCGUUGGGUUUCUCUUCUUCUUCCUCGGACACUAGUCUCUUCAUCAAGAAAGACUCUUUCAUCACCUUCAUCUUAGUGUAUGUGGAUGAUAUCAUUAUCACUGGAAGUUCCCCUGCCCUCUGUCAGUCCAUUAUUUCCCAGCUUCAAUCCUUAUUUCCAGUCAAAGACUUAGGUGAUAUUCAUUAUUUUCUCGGCAUUGAGGUUCACCGAUCUGCAAAAGGAUUGUUUCUUCAUCAGUCCAAAUAUGCCUUGGACUUACUUAAGAAGACGGAUAUGCUUGGGGUCAAACCCUACACCACUCCCGUUAGUUCCAUAAAGUUGGAUCACUCUGGUUCUCCUCUCACAGAUCCUACUUCUUAUCGCUCCACCGUUGGUGCCCUUCAAUAUCUUACUUGGACACGACCGGAUUUGGCUUUUGCAGUCAACCAGGUUUGUCAGUACAUGCAUACUCCCCGGACUAUUCAUUUGCAGGCUGUCAAACGGAUUCUCCGGUACUUGAAGGGUACCCUUGACUCCGGGUUGUGGUUUACCAAAGGUCGGCAAAUUCUUACAGCAUGGACUGAUGCUGAUUGGGCAGGUUGCCCUGUGGACAGACGUUCUACUAAUGGAUACUGUGUGUUUCUUGGACCCAAUCUCAUCUCCUGGAGUGCCAAGAAACAAUGUACAGUAGCUCGUUCUUCUACUGAAGCUGAGUAUCGCUCUCUUGCUCAUACUGUUGCCGAACUCAGUUGGGUUUGUAAAAUUCUGGUUGACAUUUCCUUUCCUCUUCUGAAAACCCCGAGUGUUUUCUGUGAUAACAAGAGUGCCAUUGCUCUAGCUUUCAACCCAGUAUUUCAUGCCCGUACUAAACAUGUAGAGAUCGAUUAUCACUACAUCCGCGAAAAGGUUCUUCUGGGACAUAUCAGUGUUCAUCAUGUGGCUUCCUUACUCCAACUCGCUGAUAUCUUUACCAAAUCCCUCCCUGCUGAUCGAUUUGCACAGCUUCGGUUCAAGCUUUCAGUUCGCCCUUCUUCCUUCUGCUUGAGGGGGUGUAUUAAGGAGAAUGAAGGACCACCAGAUUGUAAUGCACACAAUGCACUAGAUUAG